AUGCCUAUCGUUAAAUUUAAUGAUAUGGAGAAAUUGAAACUUUUAAAAGUAUUAGAUUCUCGAAAACCGCUAACGUGCGCGUUCAGAACGUGGGACUUGUGUGAAUAUCCUGUUCUCCCCGAAAAUACUACACACUCUUGGACUGUGAAAUCCAGUAGUUUAUUAGAAAAACCAAGAUUCGCCAUAAUCGGUUUUCAAACCGAUCGGAAAAACAACCUACAGAACCCGUCAGGACGAUUCGAUAACUGCUCGUUGAAAAACCUCAAAGUUCAUUUAAACUCUGAAGUGUAUCCGUAUGAAGAUUUUCGAGCAGAUUUCUCCAACAGUUUAACAGCAAUACUAUACAAAAUGUAUACAGAAUUUCGAAAAUCGUACUACGAUCUACCAUAUGGUGACCCGUUGCUGUCUAGAAAACAAUUUAAUACUUACGCUCCUUUAAUUGCUGUUGAAUUUCGUCAAAACGAUAAUGUUAAAUCUUCGACCGUUGAUUUACGGAUAGAAUUUGAUAAACAAACAAAUAUCCUACCAAAAAUCUCAACUUAUUGUUUAAUAUUACAUGACCAAAUUAUUACGUAUAACCCAUUUAACGGUGAUGUCCGUAAAAUGUAA